AUGGUGACAAAGUCUGAGGGAGGGACAUGCAAAGUCGAAAACUUAUGCUAUGGGAGGGUUCUGACUGAUGUGUUCCUCUACUUUGGGGUGGACUUGGAAGGUGAGGAGUACUUGGGAGCAAAUGUGAUAGACUUCAACCAAGAUUCCCUAAAGAAGAUGACACUGGAUAUGAGUGGGGUCUCACCCGAUGAGGCUGAGUGGGAACAGCCAAUUGAGGUGGAGGGUCACCUAGGAGAUGGUGCUGGAGGUGUUGGUGGAGGUGUUAAGGGAGCUGGCGGUGGUGCUGGUGGAGCUAAUGGUGGUGUUGAUGGAGGUGAUGGUGAUGUUCGACCACUUAACCCAUAG